AUGGUUCCUCGCUUGCUGCUCAUAUUGCUUCUGCUGGCCGCCGGCUGCAGCGCUGUCAAAAAGAAAAUCUACAUCGGACAGUACUUCAAGGAGCAUCUCUCUCCCCGUGUAAGUUUUUUUCACUUUCAAACUCAGAAAUAUUCAAAAAUUAUGCAAUAGACACUUUUUUACUCAAAAAUAGAAAAUUUCUCGGAUUUUGAUCAAAAAAAGAUGACGGAGUAAUAAUCUCAGUCACAAAAUAGUUUUUGAACACUAGUCCGUCGUAAGUCAAUUUUUCCGGAUAAUUGAUAUAGGAGAGUUGCUUUCAUUCUGAGAAACUGUAAAAUUUCAAAAAUUAAGAAAUUCAGAUUUUUCGAACAACCCACCAAGAAUUAACUCUACAAGCUUCCAGAAAAAAGUUGUCUUAGUUAUGAGCCGAACACUCGGAACUUUUUUGACAAUUCACCCAGUCGUAACACUUUUUAGCUUUUCUUAACUUGUUGAUACAUCCGCCAUGACAAGGAAAAAUGAAUUUUUAGGACAAAGUGACCAUGAAAAAUGGAGGUUCGCUUCCAUCGUGGCUGAUCAUUAAACACGGCCUCCUCCAAGGAGUUCCCACAGAACAUGAUGUCGGUGACUACUACAUCCACGUAAGAAGCUCCCCUAAUCACCCGGUAGGAAAAAACAAUAUUGAAGAUUGAAUCGAGAAUGACGCCGAAUCUCGACUUGGAGCUGAGCGUCGUGGAAGAAGGAUGGAAUGUUUGUGGAAGCAACGAGACCUACUGGAUCGAGGCCAUUUAUUCCUACGAGAACAACGUCACCAACCGCGUGCAAGCUGCUGUGGAGAUCGGUCUUAGUACGGACAUCAACGGCCUUCGAGUUAGUUGGAAAAAACAAAGGAGCUUUCAAAAAAAAAAAACGAAUAAAAAGGACAACAUAUUUAUGAAAAAAACUAGAAUUUAUUGUAUUUGUCAAUGUAAAAUAGAGAAUAAUUGUAAGAAGUCGGGUUGGGAAGAGAUUAUUUUUUUUUAGGAAAAUCAAGUUUUCCAAGAAAAAAGAAACUGUUCAGAUUUACAACGGCACGUACAGCCGCGAGCUCCGCAACGUCGACGUGCUGUCGGAUGACAUAAAUCUCGGAACUUUUGCUGUCGUCUGGGACGUCGCCUGUGGUGAUGACAUGGACACCGCUUUUGACCGGCUUGACGUCUUCAUCGAUGAAGACGAUGGCGAUUACGAUUACACUACUGUAAAUUCUUGAAAUCCAUUAGAAUUAUGACAAAAAAGUUGCAGAUGACGAAGGGUCGCUACCGCAAAGAAAUCCCUGUGAAGAUUGAGGUGAAAAACCUUGUUACGAACUUUUCUAAAUCCAUCUGAUUUCAGCCUACAACUACUACCACGACUAUGAGGACCACCACUCGGAAGGCCCGUGUCCGCACGACUACUCCGAAAAUCAUCACUACUACCGAGAUAGAGCGUACGACCAGAUCUAUUCAUGACAACAAGCCUGUCAGACUCAACUCGCUUCCUGUCUUCAACUGCGUUCGGUCCGUUUCUAAAACGCAAAAUUUUUUUAAGCUUGCUGACUGCGGUGAAAAAAUAAAUUUUCUGGUUUCAGUGGAGAAAUUUGUGACUUAACCAUCCCUGAGGCCACUUUCCAAGAUCCAGAAGACGGCGGCACCUACAAGCUCCGCCUGUCUAUCGUGUCUCUUGACAAUGCUGAAGUCUGGAUGAACAUCGACAAUGGAAAUACGAGGAUGACUGGUGUACCGCUUCAAAUCGGAGAAUACAGCUACCGCCUGGAAGCUCGAGAUCACAUUGGACAGGUGAAUUUUCGGAUAGAGUGAAAUAUAAAACUUCUGAUACCAAAAAAUUGAACAAAAUUUAAAAAGAUUUCCAGAAUGUUUUUUUCAGAAAGCCUUUCCAGUAGACUUUAAAAAUAAAGAAAAAUAAUUUUCAGUUAGAUAUAAGUACCCAAUUUUUUUUAAAUGCAAAAAAGACGUGUUCUGAACAAAAAGAAAGAUACAAGCAACUAAUCAAAUUCCAAUAUUUCAGAUGGUUUCUGCUCCGUUCUCCGUUAUCGUCAAACCAUCGGCUCCCACGAACCACGUGAUCCUGCUCGAGUUGGACUCUCCCUCAAUCGGUCACCUUACCAUCCGCCCAUACAUUCUCGGAGACUUUGUCCGUAACUUGGCUCGUGCUCUUCAUGCCGAUUCUGCCUCCUUCACAGUUCGUGAUGUGACCGUCGCCCCCAGCAACAAAACUCUCAUCAGCUGGAGCAACAACACCAUUGCUUAUAAGGUGAAUGGCUGGACUCAUUCAAAAUAUUCAAAACGAUAGUUCAAAAAACCAAAAACUGGUCUUAAAAGUGGUGACCACUUUCUUUUUUAACGAAAUAAACUUCAGAUUUGCGACGAGAACGCUUUGCAAGCUAUGGCUUCAAAGAUGAUCAUGAAGCAGAAAAUGCGCACCAAGACUGAAUUCGUCAAGGCGAUGGGCAACCAUUUCUACGUCCGCAGGGCCACGCUUGUUCGUCAAGGAUCUUGCGUUUCUACCCCGGCUGUGGUUAGUUUUUAGCUCAAGACAAUUCAACAAUAAAAAAAUGUUUACCGAAUGUUCACGUGUUGUCUGUUUGCAGGAAGCCAUAACGACCGUUCCCACUGUGUCGGCUUCUCAGGACUCUCAGCUCCCUUGGUACAUGUGGAUUAUCGGCAUUCUCGUCUUCCUUCUGGUCAUCGCCAUCGCCUAUAUCAUCUACUCGAUUUGCACCAACAAAAACAACAAAAAGGUUGGCUAAAAAAACUGCAUUUUCCUAAUUUAAGUUUCAAAAAACUGUCCCGAGCGAGAAUUAAAAAAAACAGCAAACGAGAAAAAAAAAGCAAGUUCGCCUGUCAUUGGAGCGCACUUUCUAUAAAUGUAACCCGGAAAAGUUUGCAAAACUUGUGGAAUUUUUAUAAGAUUGAUAUAAAAGUCCACUUCAUAACGACUUUAUAAAUGAUUUCUCUGACCAAGUAGAUUUUUGGCGAAAUUGCAUAAACUUUGCUAAAUCGUUUUUUUCAAACCCUUUAUCCAACGGAUAAACAUUUAAAGUUUCUAAUUUAGUUUUUAAAAUUUUCAGAAGCAGAGGGCAUCGACGGAGUAUGUCGGCAAGGGAUUGCCUGUCGUGUUCCCGGAUGAGGUAGACGAAGGCGAUCCGACCAACGCCGGAACUCCGAUGCUCGCCCGCGAAGAGCGUCCUCCUCUCAAGGUUAGUGAUAAAUUUCGUUCUCACAAUCAUGGUUGUCAAUCCCCAUGUUUUCUAAUAAAGUUGAGCACGAAUAACUUAUAGAACUAGAAAAUCAUGGAAAAUGAAAAAUAAACUUAAAGCUCAAAUUUAAAAUUUCCUGGAAUUACUAAGAGCGUUUCCUUCGGAUUACACGGUUAACCUGGAAGUUUUUUUUUUGGCUUCAAUGAUAACUGAGAAAAAAUUUGGAGCUUAGAAAUUUCAACAUAAUUUCAAACUUUUUGUAUUCGCAGAUAAUAUAAUAAGUUGAAAUCUUCGAAGACACAGUUCGAUGUAACCGAUUCUCUGUCUGCCACAGUUUUCAGAAGCAAUCACAUAAAAGAAAACUUUUUUCAGGUGUCCCAGCACGAGAAUCCGCUCUACAAGCCUCCGACGCAGACUGCCGCCGCUUCUCCUCGCGUCACUCCGACCGGCGGCUCUCCCAACCAGAAGCAGCCUCCGCCGUACAUCGCCCCCUAA